AUGAUCCAGGGACUCUCAGAGCCUGCUGGCCCUGGCUGGGGCUGGGAUGGGGACGGGGAUGAUGACUGGGACAGCGCCGUGCUCACCCUGCUGGCACUGGCUGUGGUGGCUGCCACCGCACUGGCCUUGCACUGGUUUGGCUCUGGGCAGGACCUAGAGGCAGCAGGACCAGCGUCCACAGGCCCCCCGGCCCAGCCCCUGGCGGGUGGAGCUGGGCCAGCCCUGCCCCCAGAGUCCGAGGUCAGUGGUGGCCUCCAGGGACAGAACUCCGGGCAGGGGGAGCCAGACCUUCCAGGAUGCGGCCAGGGGAGUUCGCCGACAGCAGGCACCCAGGAUCUGCAGCCCCCAGGAAGCGGAGACCUGGCUGCCAUAGCCGUACCUGCACCCAAGACUGUUGGCGAGGUGGCCAGCGGAGGGGCCUUGGGACAGCGGCAUGGCGAUGCCACCCCAGAAGCCCCCCAAGGUAAAGGAAGGGAGCACCUCAGGCCAGGUGCUGCCCUCCUGGGUAAGAGCCAAGUAGGGGGUGCCUCCGCCCCUGUCCUGAUACACUUCACUCCUCGGAGUCUGAGCAAACAGGUGGAGGGGCGGGUGGAGGCAGGCGGUGUCCCGGACAAGGUGCCAGCUCGCCAGGCCCAGGUCCGCACAGUGGAACAGUAUGCUACCUCCUGGCAACAAGGAGUGGGGCCACCUGGCUUCCUGGGGAGAGGCCCAGGUGGCCGGCGGUGGCAGGUGGAUGACAGCUCAGGAGCUAGAACCUGCUGCCCCCCAAAGCUGGACCCCCUACGCCUGGGCACUGUGGUGAGUGUGUGGGACGCUGUGGAUGCAGCUGGCAACCUCUCUGCAGGCUUCCAGAGGUCCCCUUAUCCCCAGGAGCUGCCCCCAUCGGACACCGUGCAGACCGGGCCCCUGACAGAUGUCUCAGAGAUGGGGCGGGACCCACAGCCAGUCCCCAGGCCGCGGAAGCGCAGCGUGUGCGAAAUAGCCGAGAGCUCUGAGCUCAAGCUGAGCCAGGUGGCCCCAGGACAGGUGCCGGCAGAGAGGCCCAGCCCUGUGGGCAGCAGGGACAUCCUCACAGAGAGGCAGAAAGAGGCCCGCAGGCUCAUGGUGUUUCUGCAGAGGCCGGGGAACUGGGGGGCGGUGGAGGGACCCUGGAAGCCCAGCUCCCAGGCCCGAGAGCUAGCCUCGGCGGCAGCUCUGCAGCGGCGGCUGGACCUGGGCAGCUGCCUGGAUGUGCUGGCCUUCGCCCAGCAGCACGGGGAGCCCAGGCUGGCCCAGGAGACCUACGCCGUGAUGAGCGACAAUCUGCUGCACGUGCUGGGGGACUCCAGCCUGUACCGGCAGCUGAGCGGGGCUGACAGGGAGCGAAUCCUGAGCCUUCGGACUGGCCGCGGCCAGGCCGUGCUGGGGGUCCUCGUGCUGCCCAGCCUCUACCCGAUGAGCCGCUCAGGGCUCCCCAGGGGCCCUCGUGGCGACGAGGCUCCUGCCCACGGGCCCGCGCCCCUACUUCCUCCAUCGCACCUGCACGUGUUCAGCCCCCGGGAGAACAGGUGGCGGCCCCUGACACAGGUGCCGCAGGAAGCGGCGCUGCGGGGCUGCGGCCUCUGCACCAUGCACAACUACCUGUUCCUGGCGGGCGGCGUCCGAGGCUCGGGCGCCCAGGCCGUCUGCACCAACGAGGUCUUCUGCUACAACCCGCUGACCGGCGUCUGGAGCCAGGUGCGGCCCAUGCUGCAGGCCCGUGCGCAGCUCAAACUGGUGGCCCUGGACGGGCUGCUCUACGCCAUCGGGGGCGAGUGCCUGUACAGCAUGGAGAGCUACGACCCCCGCACGGACUCCUGGACCUCACGCGCGCCCCUCCCUGCGGGCACCUUCCCUGUGGCGCAUGAGGCUGUGGCCUGCCGUGGGGACAUCUACGUCACCGGGGGCCACCUCUUCUACCGCCUGCUCAGGUACAGCCCCGCGAAGAACGCGUGGGAUGAGUGCCCCUACAGUGCCAGCCAUCGGCGUUCCAGCGACAUGGUGGCCUUGGGGGGCUUCCUGUACCGCUUCGACCUGCUGCGCGGCGUGGGCGCCGCGGUGAUGCGCUACAACACGGUGACCGGCUCCUGGAGCCGAGCCGCCGCCCUGCCCCUGCCCGACGCCGUGCCGCUGCGCUGCACCGUGCUGGGCAACACCAUCUACUGCCUCAACCACCAGGUCACGGCCACCUUCACAGUCUCUGAGGGGACUGCCCAGUUCCAGGCCGAGGAGCUGCAGCCGUUCCCCCUGGGGAAAAAGGGGGUCCUCUGUCCGUUCAUCUUGACCCUGCCCCCCGCGGACCCGCUGCAGACUGCCCUCUGA